UGUUCUCUCUGUAACGAUGUUUUACUUUGAAAGGUCAAACCGGAACCUGUCUGUUGUUUGCGUCCAUUGUGACACACGUGACAGCGGCGUCUGGCGCGUGUGUGCAGUGAAGCAGCGCGAGCAGCUCAGCUGUUCAAACCUGCCACAGACAGAAAGCCCGUCAGCAGCCCGGGACGCUGAACGACACUACCGGGACUGAACCAGAGACUCUACCGAGACUCUGACCGGAGGCUGUCGGUGUCUGACGCGGGGGAUGCCGGUGUGAGCCCGGGCUCUGUUGUGUCUCUGUUCCCGGUCAGAGUCCCGCCGGUACCGGCGGAUGAAGAUGCGGACUCUGGUGCUGCUCUGUCUCUGGCUGAGCCUCCGCCCGUGCAGAGCGCCGCCGGGGCUCUGCGGGCCGUGCCAGCCGGACCGGUGCUCGCUGCCCGGCGGCUGCCGGGCCGGGCUGGUGCCGGACUCCUGCGGCUGCUGCCUGGAGUGCGGGAACCUAGAGGGCCAGCCCUGCGACCCCGGGAACCGGAGCGUGUUCUACGGGCUGUGUGGGAGCGGACUGCGGUGUGAGGCGGGAGGAGGAGGAGGAGAGGAUGAAGAGGAGGAGUGCGUGUGUGAGGAGCAGGAGCCGGUGUGCGGCUCUGACGGGAGAACAUACAUGAACAUGUGUCAGCUGAGGGAGGCCGUCUAUUCCACACCCGAGCUCCACACCGCGGGGAGGGGCCCCUGCAGGACAGUGCCGGUCAUUAAGGUGCCUCCUCACAGUCAGGUGAACGGGACGGGCAGCAGUCUCAUCUUUCUCUGUGAAGUGUUUGCGUUUCCGAUGGCGUUGGUCGAGUGGACGAAGGAGGGACGAGACGUCGUCCUGCCCGGAGACGACCCGCACAUCUCCGUCCAGUCUCGAGGCGGUCCUCUGAAGUUCGAGGUCUCCAGCUGGCUGCAGAUUGAGGGGGCGGAGACGGGGGACUCUGGGACCUAUCGCUGCACAGCUCGUAACAACCUGGGGACGGCCUCGGCCUCGGCUGUACUGGGAGUGCUGGGAGCAGAGGAGCUGUCGUCCUACCUGGCUAACAGUGACAGGAAGCAGCCGAUGGACAUCGCAGACUAUGACCAGGACAUCUACUGAGCUUCAUGAUGUCACCUCCUCUGUACAGGCGUCUCUGAUUUUCUUCUUCUCUGUAUAUGCGAACAUUACUCUGACAUCACACGGGGCAGUGACAUGGACACUUGGCGUGCUGGGCGUUCGAGCCUGCGUCUCCUGUCAGAUCUGUUGUGUGAAACUUUUUUUAAAAUUAUGAAUAAAGGUUUACAAACUGA